AAACGCAGGAAUCUGACAACUUUACUGACUCAAUUGAACUAAGCUGAUUCAGUUUAGUGGGUUUUUUCUCGGAAACUAUGAAGCUUCGAUUUCCUUUGUUUUUUUUUAAAAAAUUUUUUAUAUAAUAAAUUUGUGGAAAUGGGUUGGUUCAAAAUCUAGUAUUUAUUUGUGUACUUUGUGAUUGAUGCUUACAUAGUAAUUUGGAGUUUGCUAUGAGCUGACUGUUCUUUUGGUUAAUAGUUUGGAGUUGCAAGAUAUUGAUAGAUACAAUGUCAAUGGGUGAUGAGCCACUGUACCCAAUAGCUGUUCUGAUAGAUGAGCUUAAGAAUGAUGACAUUCAACUUCGGUUGAAUUCUAUUCGGAGGCUGUUAACAAUUGCACGUGCUCUUGGGGAGGAGCGGACGCGCAAGGAAUUAAUUCCAUUUCUGAGCGAAAACAACGAUGACGAUGAUGAAGUGCUUCUUGCUAUGGCAGAAGAGUUGGGUGUGUUUAUUCCUUAUGUUGGCGGAGUGGAGCAUGCACAUGUUUUGCUCCCGCCUUUGGAAACUCUUUGCACUGUUGAGGAAACCUGUGUGAGGGACAAAGCUGUUGAGUCAUUGUGUAGAAUUGGAUCUCAGAUGAGGGAGAGUGAUUUGGUUGACUGGUUUAUUCCACUGGUCAAGAGACUGGCAGCAGGUGAAUGGUUUACAGCCCGAGUCUCUGCUUGUGGACUAUUUCAUAUUGCUUACCCUAGUGCCUCAGAGAUGUUAAAGACAGAAUUACGGUCAAUAUACAGCCAGUUGUGUCAGGAUGACAUGCCUAUGGUGAGGAGGUCUGCUGCAACAAACUUGGGGAAGUUUGCUGCAACUGUUGAACCUGCUCAUCUCAAGACUGACGUCAUGUCAAUAUUUGAGGAUCUUACACAGGAUGCUAUUUAAUAUCAGCGAGGAAGUAGUAAUUGAUGCUACAAAUAAAGGAAAUGUAGGACGAUUGAUCAACUAUUCUAUAAGUUUCUAUUUUAGAAAUUAAUACAGAAUUUUGUUUAUUUAUUGGCUAACAAGCUUCUAAUGACAUGAGUGUUUUUUCCUGAUAAAUUCUUUUUUUAUUGGCAACAGGGUUAGCUGCUCCAGCUGUAAGCUUGAAAUUAAUUAU